GUAGGCUGUUCAGUGGAACCCUGCACCACGCUACUCACCAGUUUGGGUACUGCUGAAACAAACAGGACAACAUGGCUCAGACCAACCCCAUGCCCACGGGCCCCUGGAAGAUCACCGUGUACGACCAGGAGUACUUCCAGGGCCGGCGUGUGGAGUUCACCGCCUGCUGCCAGAACAUCAUGGAGUGUGGGAUGGAGAACAUUCGCUCCCUGAAGGUCGAGUGUGGCGCCUGGGUGGGCUACGAGCACUCCAGCUUCUGUGGCCAGCAGUUCGUGCUGGAGAAGGGCGACUACCCUCGCUUUGAGGCCUACAGCGGCAGCAACUCCUACCGCAUCGAGAGGAUGAUGUCCUUCAGGCCCAUCUGCUGCGCCAGCCACAAGGAGUCCCGUAUGACCAUCUACGAGAUGGAGAACAUGAUGGGUCGUCAGUUCGAGCUGUGCGAUGACUACCCCUCUCUGCAGGCCAUGGGCUGGAUGAACAAAGAGGUUGGAUCCAUGCAGAUUCACUGUGGAGCCUUUGUGUGUUACCAGUACCCUGGGUACCGUGGCCACCAGUACAUCAUGGAGAGCGACUGUCGCGGAGGAGAGUACAAGUGUUACCGUGAGUUCGGCUCCCACGCCCAGACUCCCCAGAUUCAGUCGAUCAGGAGGAUCCAGCACUGAGAGAGCUGAGAGGGAAGGACUCUUCUUCACACCUUCUUACCUCCUCUUCUUCUUCUCUUCCCUUUGCUUCUUCCUCUCUCACAACGACCUCCUCCUACUCCUGAGCUCAUGCCGCUCCAGCUCACCACACCAGGAUCGAUCUUCAGGUGUUUUUACUGACGUCAGUGGCUCCUCUUUAAAAGGAAACAUCAUAAAAAAGGAAAGAUCUGAGAAAGACAGAAAUAGGAAUGACAAAAAAAAUAAGACAAAAGAAAAGACGAAUCGACGAAAAUAAAAAAGGCCUCGUCUGCUGAGGUUUGUUGCAGAACGGUGAUGAAAACGCCUCAGAGUUUGUCGCUGUUUCUCAUCUCCUCAACCUCAUUUUCUUCUGCAUCAUCACAACAACCAGUCUUGUUGUUACUGUGCUAUCCAUGACUGCCUGUGUUCAAGACGAUGAAUAAAGAGAAUGAGCAAAUAAAUUCACAAUAAUGAUGUUUUACCUUCA